AUGGUUACGCAGCACCGGCAUCUCAUCGUGUAUUUUUUCUAUGGGCAUGAAAUUUUUUCCCGAUGGCCCUCUUACAGGACCUCUUUCUACCACUACGUAUUAUCCACAUCUAUAGCAAUGAAUAGAGGCGGAAGAGGUGGUUUCUCAAGAGGCGGAUCGCGCGGUGGUUUUAGCCGUGGUGGUGGCCGUGGUGGUUCUUUCGGGGGCCGUACUGCCGCACCAAUGGGACCUCCAGACAGAGUUUUCGAGAUGGGAGCAUUCCUCCAUGAUUGCGAGGGUGACAUCGUGUGUCGUUCAAUCAAUGUGGAGAAGGUGCCAUACUUCAAUGCCCCUAUAUACUUGGAGAACAAGACCCAGGUGGGGAAGGUUGACGAGAUCUUGGGUCCACUGAACGACAUGUACUUCACUAUCAAGCCAAGUGAAGGUGUCCAAGCCAAGUCCUUCAAGGAUGGUGACAAAUUCUAUAUCGGAGGUGACAAAUUGCUGCCAAUAGAUAGAUUUUUGCCAAAGCCAAAGCCUAUAGAAGGUCUGACUAAGAAGAAGAGCAAGAAGCCAAAGACCAUUGGAGGAGCCAGAGGCGGCUUCGGUGCUGCCAGAGGCGGUUUCGGAGGUCGUGGUGGAUCCAGAGGAGGCUUUAGUGGCGGAAGAGGCGGUUUUGGAGGAAGAGGCGGCUCUAGAGGCGGCUUUGGCGGUGGAAGAGGUGGAUCCAGAGGAGGCUUCGGUGACCGUGGUGGAAGAGGUGGAAGGAGGUUCUAG